AUGCUCUCGGAGAAGGACCUUACGGUUAUUGAAUACAGCAACAAAAUUGAUCGACUACUCAGGAUACAUACAGUUCGCCGAUUAACUUCGAUUGUGGUAGAAUGGCUCAAUACACCUGAAUUACAACCAGCGAAUAAAUCAACAACGCCUGAAACUUAUUCGAAACUUACAAAAUUAGACAUUAUCGACAGAAUAAAACGUAUAGAUUGGCCCAAAGGAUUAUGUGCAAUACAAGUAGCUCAACUUGAUUUAAAAGGUCUUAUUUCAGAAGAAAGAAUAAAAAGAUGGAAAGUUGGAAAACUUACAAAAAAAUCAGGUCCAUUAAAAUUAAAUUUAGAAGCAUCAACUAUCCAUAAUUCCAUUGAACAGUUUCUUUCUCAAUUCUUUUUUUGUUAUGUUUAUACAAUGCACCAUAAAAAAUCUGAUUUAUAUUGGAUGCGUAUUCAUAUUUAUUCAACUCAUGAAAGGACAGCACUUACGACAGAUGCAGUUGGCUACGUUAUUUAUUAUCCAAUGACUGAGUUUGUGAUGUGGUCAGGACGAUGGAAUAUGACAGUUGCAAGUUAUGUGAUGGAAUCUAUUACAGACGCCUUUAGGGCAGACCGUAUCCUCUAUCAGAAUAUCAGGGGUAAUGCUGUCAAAUAUUUAUCACAUCUAAUUAAGAUUCGUAAAUCACAAGGAGUCUUUGCUCAGUUAAGGAAUAAUGAGGUGGAUUCAAAUCCUUUAGACAUUAGGCAAAAGAUAGCAAAGACGGAUGACGAUGAUGAGGCGUAUGUUAAUAAAGGAGAACAAUCAAGACGUAUCAAGCCUGUAGAUGAAGAAGAGGUACAGAACAGAAUUGCGCUUGUGAUGCAGAAUUUUGGAUGGGAGCCUAUGUAUGGUACUACAUCAGUAGAUAUCGAUGUUAGAUUACCUUUUAGUUCACAACAAAAGACAAUGGAUGAUGAAGAGGUUCGAUUUGAGAUUAAUUUGAGUGGCAAUAGUGUGCCGCAGGGAGUAAAACAAUGUAUUAAAAAUGGUCAAAUUGAAAUGCCAGUAGUAUCCUGGUUAGAAAGUAUAGGUACAACAGGCAUCACUAAACUAUAUGUGACUAGAGAUGGUGCGACUGAAAUAGAACCAGAGGAAGAGGAAGAGAUGAAUGAAAAUAGGGUAGAAAGUAUGGAAACAGAAAAGGAUAACGAGCUUAAUGAAAACGAGAAUAGCAGUGAAGAGCAAAAGAGCAUAGACGAAGCGCUUGAAGAAGAUGAAGUGAUGGAAGAAGGAGAUGAUUCUAUUAACGACAGCGAUGACCAAGACAGUAUCAUUCAUGAUCAAAGUGAUAAAGAAUCAGUUUUAAGUGAAUCCUAA